AUGGUCACCACCAUGGAAUUCACUCAGAAACAACCUUCUGCGGAGAGAUCCAAGAGGAAAGUUCUUGGCCGUAAAGAUUCAGAUGAUGAUCACUCCCGGAACCAUUCGCCCUCCCCGCCAGUGACACCCACCGGCGCUGCCCCCAGUCUGACUUCUCCGAAACAAGUGGGAUCGAUUCAGAGAAGCGUCCGGAAGAGCAGCACCAGCAGCGACAACUUCAAAGCUCUGUUACUGAAAAAAGGAAGUCGCUCCGACACCAGCGCCCGCAUGUCCGCCGCAGAGAUGCUCAAGAACACAGACCCAAGGUUCCAGAGGUCCAGAUCAGAGCCUUCGCCCGAUGCCCCUGAGAGCCCGUCAAGCCCCUCCCCGAGCAAGAACAGAAGGGCCCAGGAGGAGUGGGCCAAAAACGAAGGCCUGAUGCCUCGGAGUCUGUCCUUUUCCGGCCCCAGGUACGGGCGCAGCCGAACGCCCCCCUCGGCAGCCAGCAGCAGGUACAGCUUGAGGAACCGCAUCCAGAGCCGCCCCAUGACCGUCAUCUCUGAAGGCGAAGGGGAAGCGGUGGAGCCAGCGGACAGCGGGGCUCUCCGGACCCUGGGCCCCGCAAGUGCGCGUUCGCCUAAUGGACCUGCAGGGGAUGUGGGAGCUGGGGGUCACCUGCUCAGCGGCGGGGAGCCCACCGCCCCGCUGCAGGCACAGGCUGCAGAUGGGAUGGCUGGUGCGGACAGGCAAGGACCCGUGAGAACCGGGCAGAGGUCCUCUGAGGGAAAAGAGUUAGGGGCAAGCACCUGAAUCUCCAAGGAGAUGGGGGGAAAUGCCCAACAUACGGUUCUGGGAAACUCAACAGGGUCUCUUCCUUGCCUCCCCUGGGAUCCCAUCCAGCGUGGGUGUUGUCAUCCCAGGCGCUGCCAGCUUGCAGAGCAAGGGGGAGGGGUAUUUAGGAGUCACUUGGCACUUGCCCUGUGUCUUAAAAGCAAGUAGAAGCUUAACUUCUGAAAGUGCUUCCUGGGGAAGAUUUGUGUGUGUGUGUGUGUGUGUGUGUGUAUUUGCCUAAAUGCUGGAGGCGUGUGUAGAGCUGUGUGGCUGUGCAUUUUGAACAUUUUUGUAUGUUAAACAGGCGCACAUGAACAGCAUGUACAAAUAUAGAAGAGUUAAGCUAGGUAGAGGAAUGGAGUCUUCUGGGCUAGGUGAUGAUUGCUUUAAAAGUACUGUGUUUCUGGAAAUGAAAGUGUCCCAGAAGUAGGGAGAGGCUGUUGUUUCUAAGAAAGCGGUGGUAGAUUAGCAGGUUCUGAGUGCUCAGAACACAUGGGUAUAUGCACAGGUGUGCUUUUGAGGUGAGCCGCGUUGUGGUUAACCCACAAAGUUGGGGAAGGGCUAAGUGACUAAAUUGGAUCAGGUACUUUUUUCUGGGGAAAAAAGGCUUUGUUUCUUUUUUGUAAAAAUGACAAAAACCCAUGGAAGUGGCAGUGGUAUAACUUGGAGUCAGCUCCUUGCAGCCACAGAUACAACUUUAAGCCCGAUUUUUGGAAAUAUGGGUCAUUUUUAAGUGAAUUCCCUCCAUGAGUAGCAGCUGAGACCUUCUCUGAGAAUGAAGUGAUGGUUAGCACGUACAGAGAGGGUCAAAGAGGACAGAAGAGGCGUAAGUGAUACACUGCUGGAAUUGUUUCCUGCUUAUUAAAUAAAAUUAUUUUUCAGAAUUAAAUUUGAAAUCUUGCACUACAGAACUCGGGUGGCGCUUUCCUUUUUCAACGGUUUUUUACCAGAGUUUAAAUUCUCCAUUUGGCAAUUUCUUAUCUCUUGAAAUAUCAGCGUUUCCUAACUUUUGGAUCUCUUUUUGGUUACACCAAAGAAAUGAUGGCUAUUUUUCCUUGAACUACUUGCAGUAUCAUGUCCUCAUUUAGAAAGGUUUAUCAAAAUCUAUUAUAUAUUAUCUUUAUUUGGAGAACAUGCUUAAUAGCUUUUGUUAGUCCCAUAAACUGGUAAAAAUUGGCAGGGCUUGGUGAUGAAUUAGCCCUAGGAAAUGAGUUUUUAGAUUAAAACAAUUUUUCACAUCAUUCGGUUUGUGCGUUUAUAUACAUAUUAUAUAUAUAUAUUUUUUUAUAAAUAAUUGAAUUGGCUGAUUACCUUCUAAACUUCUCCAUCUAGAAUUCUAAUUGCUUUUAGACAUGGCGGGGAGGGAAACUAUGCAAAGUAUUUCUUUUAAUGUCAUGUUUUUCUGAUUCCCUUUCCCCACUCCCACACAACUUCAUGUAUGUAAACUCCUUUAUUUAUUGGUCAAAUAAAAUCAACAUCUUGUCUUCUUCAUUAGAAGGAUGUAAGAUGACAAUACUGAGAUUUUUGACCUAAAUACAGUGCGACUGCCAGUUGUCAUCUCUUUUGGUGUGAAAAAUAUCAUGUAGCAGUUAGACUGCACAGGUGAAUUCAUCGUAAGCAGUGAGCUCCUAACACGAUUCAGCAAGCACCAGUCCUCAUGCCAACAGGCACCACACUGAGAGCCUGACUGUAUGGUAGGUCAGUGUAAGUUCACUGAAGAAAUCACCAAACCUUGCCUUUUUCAGGCAAUGUCCCUGUCUUUAAGCACCAUUCCUGACUGUACAUAAUGCCCAUUUCAGACAUGUCACUGAGACAAACCUAAGGAAUUAAGAUUCCUGCCCUUCUCUGGGGAAAAGCAAAACAAAACACUUUAGGCAACCAGAAACCAAGACCUGGCAUUUGGCUUAAGGCCAAAGGAUUUUUUACCAUUGGGAACAAUCAUUACUAUGUUGACACACAGACCCUUUUAUCCAAGUUUUAGAAAAGGGGAACUGGCUUUUGGAUAUGAAUUCUGCUCACAGCUGCUUGAGAGAGAUAAGAAUCUAUGUGGGUAGGAGAAGACUUAAUAUAUGAAUCAUGUAUGUUAAAGGUAAAAGAAACAACAUGAA